GCGAGAUUAACAUUAUUGCAGUUGUCCUUCUCUCGUUCAUCUCUUUCCCGAGUCCUGACGCACACAGGGACACAGAGAGAGCCAGAGAGGAGAGAGUCUCUGAGGUACUCGAUCACCAGUGAGCAAUGGACCAUGCUGAGCUCACCACUGAGCAGGUUCUGAAACGAGACAUCCCAUGGGAGCAAUACAUGACCACCAAGCUCAUCACCGGAACCUGCCUUCAGCUCUUACGCCGUUAUGAUAAGAGAUCCGACACUUGCCGAUCACAGUUGCUUGAUGAUGAUGGCCCAGCUUAUGUUCAAGUUUUUGUUGGCAUCUUACGUGAUAUUUUCAAGGAAGAAACUGUUGAAUACGUUCUUGCUUUAGUCGAUGAACUGCUUACAGCCAACCCCAAAAGAGCAAAAUUGUUCCAUGAUACUUCUCUUGCCGAUAAAGAUGUUUACGAGCCUUUCUUAAGAUUGCUUUGGAAGGGUAAUUGGUUCAUACAAGAGAAGAGCUGUAAGAUACUUGGUUCUAUAGCGAGUGCAAGGCCCAAACCCCAAGGGACCGUCGCAAAUGGAGAAGCCUCAAAUUCAAAGAGUAAAAUCACCACUAUUGAUGACGUCUUGAAAGGACUGGUAGAAUGGCUUUGUGCACAGCUGAAGAAGCCUUCCCAUCCUAGGCGUGGGAUCCCAACUGCCAUCAGUUGCCUUGCAACCUUACUAAAGGAGCCUGUGGUUAGAUCUUCUUUUGUUCAAGCAGACGGGGUGAAGUUACUUGUUUCCUUAAUUUCUCCAGCUUCCACCCAACAAUCCAUGCAGCUUCUGUAUGAAACAUGUCUAUGUGUCUGGCUCCUUUCCUAUUAUGAACCUGCAAUUGAGUACCUGGCUACUUCUAGAACACUUCCUCGACUCAUAGAAGUUAUCAGGAGCUCAACAAAGGAGAAGGUUGUCAGAGUUGUUGUUUUGACCCUGAGGAACUUGCUCUCCAAAGGAACAUUUGGGGCACAAAUGGUGGACCUUGGACUGCCUCAAAUUGUUCAGAGUUUGAAAGCACAAGCGUGGAGUGAUGAGGAUCUCCUGGAGGGAUUAAAUCAGCUGGAAGAAGGUUUAAGGGAUAAUAUCAAGAAAUUAAGUUCUUUUGAUAAAUAUAAGCAAGAAGUCCUCCUUGGCCAUCUUGACUGGUCACCGAUGCACAAAGAUGCAAUAUUCUGGCGUGAGAACAUUACCAACUUUGAGGAGAACGACUUUCAGAUUCUAAGAGUGCUGAUUACUAUUUUAGACACAUCCAGUGAUCCAAGGGCUUUGGCUGUUGCUUGCUUUGAUAUAUCACAGUUUGUCCAGCACCAUCCGGCUGGAAGAAUCAUAGUAACUGACCUCAAGGCCAAAGAGCGUGUCAUGAAACUGAUGAAUCAUGAAAGUUCCGAGGUUACCAAAAAUGCCUUACUAUGCAUUCAGAGGCUUUUCCUAGGUGCCAAGUAUGCGAGUUUUUUGCAGGCUUAAAUGAUGGGCAAAUUUAAUCCCUGUGGUGAUGGAUUAGUGUCAAUGGCACAUUAGUCGUUCAUAUAGUAUUUGUUCUAGCAUUUAUCAUCUAAAUGAAACAAACUACUGAAAUUUAAUUUGUUGUUUAUUAUCUCUGCCAUAUUUAUUGAGUAAAAUAAAUCCCGUGGGGUGAAUUAUUGA